AUGUCUCGGCUCCCACGACUACACCCUUCAAGCUCGCCCGACCGACACCAGUCAGGUCCCUCUAUGUCGUUCUCGACGAGGCAAGGCUCCCUCAAACGAAAGGCGCAGGAUGAAAACUUCAAUAUUGCAGAGCAGCAGCCCCGCAAACUUGCCGCGAUUGCAGAGGCAGAUACAAACCAACCGCUCCGUCCAUCCAAAGCAGCCAUAUCGAAACUAGGAAAGGGCCCACCGCCGUUAACUAAGCCUAGAGCACCCCCUCUGACGACCAGGCGAACCGACCGGGCGACCAGUGCCCCACCAAGACCUGUGGCUGCCGUACGACCACCUGCGCGUCCUACCGCUGUGAAACCUACUCGAGGAACAUCGACUACCGUCGACGGUAAACGAUUUCAGGCACUAGAAGAACAGAUAUCUUCCAUCGCCGCCGCCCGUGAGGCUGAUACAGCUCGUCUGGCAGCGGAUGCCUCGCGCCUUGCUGCAGACAUGGAGGCGGAGCGAUCCAAGGUCGCAGAGCUCCAAGCCAACCAGCGAGCCAUGUCUCAGCAGCUUACCGCCGCAAAGAAUCAGGACAUUGCUCGGCAGAGAGAACUAGAUCACGCUAGCGAGGAGAUCUACGAGCUGCAAAAGCGACAUUCACGACAGCUCGAAGAAAAGGAGACAGAGCUGCGCAGGAAAGACCGUGAGGUGAGAGAGCUCAAGGAAGAGCUCAGAGCCUUCCAGGACGAUCUUGAACGUGAGCGCGAGACCGUCAAAAGCCUCAAGGCUACCAUUUCGCACCAGUCCACGGCGCACGUCGCACUUUCUACACAAGUUUCCGCAAUGCAAGCACAACAGGCAGCUAUGCAGGCGCAAUCCGAUGUCGCGUUGCGAGAUAAGCUCGAUAUCACGCUUGAGCUCGAAGCGGAGCGUAAGAGGCGAGUCGAAUUGGAGCAAGAAUUGCGCGAGGCAGAGACUUUGCGACGGAAACUGCACAAUCAAGUGCAGGAACUGAAGGGCAAUAUUCGAGUUUUCUGUCGAGUACGUCCUCUGUUGUCGUCAGAUAUGCCCCUUGCGACUCCUAUGCUAUCACCGUCAUCCACUGGGAGCGGCAUAACGACGCCGACGGAUAGUCCUGAUCCAGAGGAGGAGAUCAAACGCAGAGAGGAGUAUCGGGCGCAGAUGGGAUUCCCAGACAAAAUGGAUCACAAGGAAAUCGUGCUCCGAUCGUCAAGCGAGAGCGCAACCGGCCAGGAGCGAAAAGACGAAUGGGCAUUUACGUUCGACCGGGUGUUUGAGCCACACUCAACUCAGGCAGAAGUGUUUGAAGAAAUUUCGCAGCUUGCACAAAGUUGUACUGAUGGCUACAACGUAUGUGUCUUCGCGUAUGGCCAGACGGGCUCUGGAAAGUCAUUCACCAUGGAAGGAGGUCAGUCUGAAGCGACUACGGGAAUGAUACCUCGGGCCGUUGAACAAGUUUUCCGAGUUGCUGAGGAACUCAAAAGCAAGGGCUGGGAAUACAAAAUGGAGGGCCAAUUCCUCGAGAUUUACAAUGAAACAAUCAACGACCUGCUGGGUAAAGGCGAGUUCGACAAGAAGAAGCACGAAAUCAAACACGAUUCCAAGACCGGGAGAACGACGGUCACGGACGUGAAUGUGCUCCCGCUCGCCUCUGCGACCCAAGUGCGCACAUUGCUGUCGCUCGCGCAAUCACGACGCACCGUGGCAGCGACGCUCAUGAAUGAGCGUUCGUCACGAUCACAUUCGGUGUUCACGUUGCGCAUCCGGGGCGAGAAUCCGCUGACAGGGGAAGCGUGUGAGGGCAGUUUGAACCUCGUCGAUCUGGCGGGUAGCGAGCGACUGGAGAAGAGCGGUGCCGCGGGAGACAAGGACCGUCUCAAGGAAACGCAGAGCAUCAAUAAAAGCUUGAGCGCUCUCGGUGAUGUUAUUGCUGCCCUGGGCGAGAAGGGAGAAGGCAAGAGCGAUAAGCAUAUUCCGUACCGGAACUCGAAGCUUACAUACCUGCUGCAAAAUUCCUUGAGUGGCAACUCGAAGACACUGAUGGUUCUGAACCUCUCACCCCUCGCUGGCCACCUAAAUGAGUCACUCUGCUCCCUGCGAUUUGCAACAAAGGUCAAUAAUACUACAAUUGGAACCGCGAAGAAGCAGAGCCGUAUGGCUGGAUCGUCGUGA